AUUUUCAUAUUAACCUCUUAAACCCUAAUUCUCCAUUGAAGCGAAGCGAAGCUCUCUGCCGUCAACAUUCAGUGAGUCUGUGGAGAACUGAGCGAUGACUACGUUAUCACAGAACGCUCCGACGAGCAAGGCUAAGAGAGAAGAGACCGAAGAUGACGGUAGGGCAAAGAGAAGGAAGAUGGAGGAGGAGAAGCAGCGAGAGUCUGAGCAGGUUGAAAUGAGAAAGCUUGAGAAUUUGUUGUUUGGGUCUCUCUACAACCCUGUUUCGUUUGGUGAGAGAGAUGGAGAUGUGGAAGGGAGUGAUGGGUCUGCUCUGUUCCGUGUAGAUCGUUCUGCUGUGAGGCAGAGUGUAGAUUCCGAAGAUGAUGAUGAUGAGGAAGAAGAAGAAGAGAGAGUUGUUGUUAGGAAGGGAGAAGCUGCUUGGGAGGAUGAAGAAGAGAAAGAGAUUAAUAUUAACAUUGCUUCGGUUAACCGUCUGAGGAAGCUGAGGAAAGAGGAGGACGAGGGUUUGAUCUCUGGUUCUGAGUACAUUGCUAGGCUGAGAGCUCAUCACGCCAAGCUAAACCCUGGAACAGAAUGGGCUAAGACUGAUUCUGGAAUCACUGAUGGAGACUCUUCAGAUGAGGGGGAAGGUGGUGGUGAUGAUGAUGAUGAUAUACUCAGGACAAACGAAGAUCUUGUGGUGAAGACUGGUGGUUCCAAGCUGUGUUCUGGUCUUCUCGAGUACUCACAGCACGCGGACGCCAAUAUAGCAGAUCCUUCGAACGCUCCGAUUAACUCUGUCCAGUUCCAUCAAAACGCUCAGCUGCUUCUCACCGCUGGGUUGGACAGAAGGCUGAGGUUUUUCCAGAUUGAUGGGAAGAGGAACACCAAGAUACAGAGCAUUUUCCUCGAGGACUGUCCCAUUACCAAAGCUGCUUUCUUGCCUAACGGCUCUGAGGUCAUCGUCUCCGGGAGGAGGAAGUACUUUUACAGCUUUGAUUUGGAGCAUGCGAGGUUUGACAAGAUUGGUCCCUUGGUUGGUAGAGAGGAGAAAAGCUUGGAGAGUUUUGAGGUCUCUCAAGACUCCAAGACCGUAGCGUUCAUCGGCAACGAAGGUUAUAUCUUGCUUGUGUCCACAAAGACCAAAGAGCUGACGGGAACGUUGAAGAUGAACGGUUCAGUGAGGUCGUUAGCGUUCAGUGAUGAUGGGAAACAGCUGCUGAGCUCAGGAGGGGAUGGGCAAGUCUACGUAUGGGAUCUGAGAACAAUGAAGUGCUUAUACAAAGGUGUGGAUGAAGGCAGCACGUGUGGGACUUCGCUUUGCAGUUCACCGAACGGAGCUUUGUUUGCCUCUGGGACAGACAGAGGGAUCGUGAACAUUUACAAGAAGGAUGAGUUCUUAGGAGGCAAAAGAAAGCCGAUAAAGACGGUGGAGAAUCUAACUUCCAUGAUAGACUUCAUGAAGUUCAACCAUGAUGGUCAGAUUCUAGCUAUAAUCUCGAGGAUGAAUAAAAACAGUGUGAAGCUGGUCCAUGUUCCGUCUCUAACCGUCUUCUCAAACUGGCCACCGCCUAAGAAAAAUAUGGGUAACCCUUGCUGCUUGGACUUCAGUCCCGGAAGUGGCUUCAUGGCUAUGGGAAACGCUGGAGGAAAAGUUUUGCUUUACAAACUGAAUCAUUACAUGAAUGCUUGAAGUUUUGUCUUUUGGCGAGGGCAGUUUUUUGAGAUUGUUUGUUGUGUUUUCCUUUUGGUCUCAUUACUCUUCAGUUUAUCCUUUUUCUACAUUUUUACAUCAAUGGAAUAUUUUCUUUCAUGAUAA